AUGGAGUUCAAAGAGGCUGUGCGUGAAUAUUGCAUACAAGAGGGUAGAAGGAUUUGGUUUAAGAAGAACGAUAACGUGAGGAUGAGAGCUGUGUGUAAGGAUGCGAGCUGUGGCUGGCUUGUGUAUGCCUCUAACAAUACUGAGAACAACUGCUGGCAGAUCAAGACAUUCAUGGAUAACCACACCUGUGCAAGAGAGACCAAAAAUAGACUAGCUAAUAGGAAGUGGCUAGCCUACAAAUUGGUGAAGAAACUAAGAAAAUAUCCGAAUCUGAGACACUCCGAGGCUACGCAAUAUUUUAAGACUAAAUGUGAUCUGGAACUAAACAAGUCUUCACUGACCAGGGCCUUAGGAGAUGCUAGAUCUGUUGUGUACGGUGAUGCAGCUGCCCAAUAUGGCACGGUGAGAGAUUAUGGGCUGACACUGCUGAAGAGCAAUCCAGGAUCCACUGUCACAGUUAGGGUUAUACCUCAGCCCAACCCUGAUGAUGAUCCAAUUUUCGAGAAGAUGUAUGUCUGUUUGGAGGGAUGUAAAAAAGGAUUUCUGGCUAGUUGCAGACCCCUCAUAGGCUUGGAUGGGGCUUUUCUAAAGACCCGGCAUGGUGGUCAGAUAUUAUCUGCAAUUGGCCAAGACGCAAACAAUCAUAUAUAUGUUAUUGCCUAUGCAAUUGUCCCUGUUGAGAACACUGAAAACUGGAGAUGGUUCUUGGAAUUACUUCAUCAAGACCUAGGGGAUUAUAAGAAGAACAAGCUCUGUUUUAUCUCAGAUAUGCAGAAGUUAAGGAGGUUUUUCCAGAUGUCCAUCACAGAUUCUGCGUUUGACAUCUGUGGAAGAACUUCAACAAGCAAUAGAAGGAUCUCCAGCUUAGAGGGUUUCUCUGGGAUUGUGCAAGGUGUACUAGCCAAGAUGGCUUCCUUGAUAUCAUCAAAAAGAUUGAAAGGGAUCAAAGAUGCUAGAGCUAAGCCUAUUAUCACACUCUUGGAAGAAGUCAGAAUGUAUGCAAUGAGGUUGAUAGCUAGGAACAAGGUGAAGCUGAAUUCGAACACUGGAGUUCUACCUCCUAUAUAG